AUGAGGACGGCCGACGCCGCCGCCGCGGUUCGUCAGGCUCUCGAUGGUCUCACCUUUCGUGAUCAGACUUGGUCCAUCGAGUUUGCCUCUCGAGUCGGAUCAGACUUUGAGCUCAUCGACGGAGCACACACACCGAGUGUCAUCCAAGGCGAGAGCGAGAUCGACCAAGGACUUCUCCAUGCUCCUGCCUCCUCGCGCAAUCUCGUCAAUCGGACGUCGUCGCAGACUACGGCUGUUGCCCCGCUUGGAGGGAAGAGUAGGUAUGUUGAUGAUGCGGGUACUGUCCAGGGCUCACCGUCCAAGCUCCGUAGGCCGCCGCUGAGCACCGUGCCCAAGUCGAGCAUUUCCCAGUCGUUCAAGAGCGUUGCCUCAUCCAUCUCGUCUGCUUUCUCCGGCCUGCUGUUUGGCACAGAGGCCGAGAGCUCCGCUGCGGCCGAGCUGUCGAUGGCCUCGGUCUCGCGCCUUGGCCCCGCCGCAGACCCUGCGCUAAGCUCGGGCUCUGUCGUCGGCCGCGAGCGCCCGAUCACCCUUGCCGCAGACGAGGUCUCCAUCCGCACAUUUCUCGACUUUCUGAGCGACAAGCCGCGCCCGAGCCAGGCCACAGCCCUCCUCCGCCGGGUUGAGGCUCUUCGCAAGGCCGUCGAAGGCGACGAGCGCGUGCUGGUUUCAGGCCCGGCGCCGUCAGACGAUGUCUUCUCCGACGCGCUCGUCGUCCCGGACGUCGCUGCCCACUUUCGCUGGCUCCUUGUCGACCUCUCGGGCGUCGAGACGCUUGUGCUCCUCUUUUCCCGGGUCGUCGACAACUUUGAGUUUUCCGCCACUCCCACCAGCUGCAUCCUCAUCCACAUUGUCACCAUCCUCUCCACCCUGGUCCGGACCUCGAGCGAGGCCGUCGACGCCCUGGUCGGCGAUCUCCACGCCGAGCACCCGCCCGAGAACCUGGAGCAGCUGGUCACCGCGCUCUCGCUGCCGUCGUCCGACCUCCGAUUCAUGCUUCUCAACCUGCUGAUGAUGGUCACCGUCGUGCCUGCAGCUCAUGCCCAUGCCUCGGUCCUCUCCGCCUUUUCUGCCCGUGCCGUCAUAGAGGAGGAGCCGCGGUUUCGCAUUCUUGUUGCCCAGCUCGUUGCUGUUGUCGGCAUGCUCGGCGUCCCCAAAGCGCUUGCCUCUAUCGACAGCGUUGACGACGGCGCUCUCGCCCGCUGGCAGCUCAGACGCGAUGCCGCUACCGUCGCGCCCGCCUCUGCCUCGCGGACUAGCGAGCUCGCGCUCGCCUCGGCUGCGCUCGGCCUCGUCAACGCGCUCAUCAACCAGCCAGGCGACAUCAAUCUCCGCGUCCGGCUCAGGUCGGAGCUUAUGGACUUGGGCUUUGAGCACCUGCUCUGCGCCCUCGAGCUAAGCCUCGACACAGACUGUACCGAGCUCCGCGCGAGCCACGAGGUUGUCGGCCAGGUCGACAUGCUCCGCGUCCAGAUCACCACCUUUACUGAGCGCUAUAUCUCGGACCGCUCUGCAGAUCCCUGCUUCUCACACGUCAAGCUCGUCGAGGCGCUCCUUGCCCGCUGGAAAAUGUCCGGUGAUGGCAACCAGGCCGCCGUAUCCUUUCUUGACGUCCUGCAGCGGCUCACAGUUGCCACUCAGAUGCCCGGCGCCAACAUUGCCCUCGUUCUUGACCGCAUGCUCAGCGUUGUUGAUGCCGAGCUCGAGCCUCUCAUCGCACGCGGCGACGUCAGCUUUAGCUCCAACCCAGCCUGUCCUGACCCCCGGAGACGCGAUGCCGCUACCGUCGCGCCCGCCUCUGCCUCGCGGACUAGCGAGCUCGCGCUCGCCUCGGCUGCGCUCGGCCUCGUCAACGCGCUCAUCAACCAGCCAGGCGACAUCAAUCUCCGCGUCCGGCUCAGGUCGGAGCUUAUGGACUUGGGCUUUGAGCACCUGCUCUGCGCCCUCGAGCUAAGCCUCGACGCAGACUGUACCGAGCUCCGCGCGAGCCACGAGGUUGUCGGCCAGGUCGACAUGCUCCGCGUCCAGAUCACCACCUUUACUGAGCGCUAUAUCUCGGACCGCUCUGCAGAUCCCUGCUUCUCACACGUCAAGCUCGUCGAGGCGCUCCUUGCCCGCUGGAAAAUGUCCGGUGAUGGCAACCAGGCCGCCGUAUCCUUUCUUGACGUCCUGCAGCGGCUCACAGUUGCCACUCAGAUGCCCGGCGCCAACAUUGCCCUCGUUCUUGACCGCAUGCUCAGCGUUGUUGAUGCCGAGCUCGAGCCUCUCAUCGCACGCGGCGACGUCAGCUUUAGCUCCAACCCAGCCUGGUCCGACUUUUCUUCGGACGACGACUCGGACGAGGCCUUUGACCGCUCGGUCGCCGCCCACACCGCAGGCACCCAUGCCGCCGACCCCAUCUACACCCGCCUCUCCGAAUCGAUCUUGCCCAGUGGCUCGCCUGCGACGGCCCCGUUCCUCCCGGCAACCGCCCUCUCUGCCAUCGACCCGCGCGUGCUGAGCGUGCCGGCCGACGUCGCCGCCGGUCUAGGCUGUGGAAGAGGUCACGGGUCCGGCUCUGGGGCCGGCUCUGGAGCCGGCUCUGGAGCCGACUCUGGAGCCGACUCUGGAGCCGGCUCUGGCUCUGGUAGCGGGGAAAAGUAUGCUGACGAGCCCAAGCCCGAGCCCGAGCCCGAGCCGGCAUCGGAGUCGACUCCGCCACCGCCGCCGCCACCGCCGCCGCCACCGCCGCCGCCGACCACUGCUCCACCUCCGCCACCACCGCCGCCACCACCAUCCACCAUCCCGCCGCCACCGCCAGGGAUUUUCGCAACCAGUGGCAAUGCCGCCGCAAACCCUUCGUCGGCGCCGAAUGUGCGGACGCGCAAGGUCUUCCUCAAGGCGGUCAAGGCACCGGCCGACGAGUCGGUGUGGAGCAAGGAAGUGACACCCGAGGAGCUGGUGGUCACGCCCGAGACGCUUGUUGAAGCUUUUUCGCUGCGGUCGAAUGACGCCGGCGAUAGCAAGCGCAGCGGCGGUUCCGACGACGACGACGAUAGCAAGUUGUCCCGCAGCAAGCGUGCACAGCCGAGCGCGACGGUUCUCUCGGGGCCGAGCGUGUCCAUGAAUGUGGAGAUCAAUCUCCGCAAGCUGACGACUGCGUACUCGACCGACGUCCUCGUUGCCGGCCUCCGCGACCUCUCGCCAGACGUGCUCACCCGCGAGAACGUCAAGGCGCUGGCCAAGGCUGUUGAGGCUGCAGGCAAGGCCGACGAGCUCGACCCGGUGCUAGCUGGCUUUGCCGGCGAGCUCGCUCACCUGCCCGCCAACGAGCGGCUACUGGUGCGGGUGGCGCGGGUCCCGCACUGGCGGCAGCGGCUGCAGGUGGCCGGUGCCAUCCAUGAGUUUGAGCACGACGUCGGCGAGGUCGUCAUCCAGGCCGAGCGGAUUGAGCGGGUGCUUGCUGCCAUCUUUGACUCUGCGCCGCUCCAUCGCAUGCUCCACCGGCUCCUCUUCUGCUGCAACGUGCUCAACGGUAAGCUCGGUGCGCGCGGCGAAGCUGCGGGCUUUCGGCUCGGCUCGCUCAUCCAGGUGUGCGAGACGAGGUCCGAGGCAUCGCCCGGCACCCGGGCGAUCACGCUCCUCGAGUUUGUGCUCCGCGCCAUGGAGAGAGCCGAGACUGGUGGCGUCCGCGACGAGCUGCGUGCGCUGCAUAACCUGGAGCCGAUCUUCAAGCGCGGCGCAGGCAUGCAGCUGGGUGUCAUCACCGCUAACGCUGACAAGGUCAGGGCCGUGCUAAGCUCAGCCCAGGAGCUGCUGACGUUGCUGAUCGCUGGCGAUGGUCCGUGCGCCGACGAGCUCGCAGUUGUAGCCAGGCUGCAGGAGUUUGUGACAGCAGCCGAGUCGCGAAUGGGCGAGCUCGACGCGGUCCUCGCCGAGCUGCAGGCACGGUGGGCGCAAGCUGGUGCGUUUCUAUGCGAACAGGCCAUGCCGUUUGCCGAAGUCGCUGAGACACUGUACGCCUUUCUCCGCUCGGUCUCCAACACGACGACAGCCAUCCGGAUUGCAGAUGAGAAGGAGCGCAAGCGCGAGCGGCGGCGGAAGCGCAAGGCCGAAGAGAAGGAACGGCGCAAGACUAAGUCCAAGGCCAAGAGAGCGCGCCCCGAGGCCGAGCAGGCCCGUGCUGUCGACGCCGGCCUGGAGGCGGUGCUCUCGCCACGCGCGCCAAGUCGCGGGCGCUCCCCGGCCGCGGCCUUUUCACCAGUCGCCCAGCCUCCGCCGCUCCAGCUAGGCUCCGAGUGGUCGCCCGAGGCCUCGCUCCGGUCGCAGGCGCAGUUUGACCGUCGCAUCUACGCGCUCGUCCAUGCUAAGCGCCGCGGCUCGUGACCGUCUACGGCGUGGUUUUACAAAGUCAGGAGAGCUGGUUCGUAAACAGUGACGACAGCUG